AUGACCGGCGGGUCAAAUGUGACCGCAGUGAAGGUGUCGCGUGUUCCAACUGUCGGAAUGCCCGGCGCCAAUCUUCCUCUCCUGGCCACUCAAGCAGACUUAGGCAGUGAUCUUUCGGCGGCCUCCCGCAAUGCGCCGUAUGAAGGACUGACGAGUUCCAACCCCCCUCUAACCACUCAUGCUCAGGAUGAUGGAGAUAAGCCACGGCAAGAGCCAUGUUUCCCAGCUCAAGGCCCAAGUGGAAAAACUCCAUAUGUUGGAGAUUCUUCCAAUCUCAAUUAUUUGAUCCAACAGUUUGGAAAUCCUUUCGGGGGUACGACGGAUGCUCGCCCACUUCAGGACCACCUCCACGGGGCAAUGCUGGCCCGGUUGGGCAGGCCGACGACGCAAGAAAUCGAAAAGCUUCACAUAUAUACUAUUGAGCGAAUCAAGAACCAAGGGGCAUUUGAUCUCCCGUCACAAGAGACGAGCCAGGCUCUUCUCGAUUGUUACUUCCAUUUCUCACUUGCUGCACCUAUUCUUGAUAAGUCAAGAUUUCUUGUCACUUUCGAGGAAGACAAAUCUUCACACUUGCUCUUGAAUGCUAUCUACCUCGCUGCCACUAUAAAUUGUUCGGAUUCCGUCAUUGCUAGUGCCGGAUUUGUGUCCCGAUACGCUGCAAGCCUCACUUUUUACCAGAGAGCCAAAUCCCUUUACGAUGCUGGAUAUGAAACCGAUGCGAUAGCGACGAUUCAAUCAACAUUCCUUAUGGGCUAUUGGUGGAAUGGUCUUCUAGAACACAAAGACCCUUGGUACUGGGUUGGUAUCUCUGUGGGAAUGGCGCAGGCUUUAGGACUGCAUCGAAUAAAGUCAUAUAACCGUCUCGAAGAGAAAGAACGAAAAUUAUGGCGAAGAUUAUGGUGGAUGGCCAUGGACAUAAAUCUGUCUAUGCUUCUCGAUCGUCCCCCACACGUGCAAGGAAGACUUUGCAAUGUCCCCCCUCUGUCGGAAGCAGAUUUUGACCAAGCCAGUGGGUCUCAAGUGAGAUACCCCGAUGAGGCAAAUACCUUCGUGAUAAAUGCUGUGCAACUAGCUCGGACAGUGGAUCGCUUCUUCACUAUUAAAUUUGACGAAGAUAGUGGUCAUUCACAAGAUAUCUGUUUAGAGCAAAUUUCGUUGUGCUCUUCAUCCCUUCCCCCGGAAUUCAGGUCGUUGUCGCCAAGUAGCAGCAAGUGGGCUAUAUUGACCCAUAUAUUAUACCAGGAAUACCGGCUACUUUUGCAUCGGAGCAACCCAAGGUUUUCUCUCAAUACCGGACCAGGCACUCCGACAUUCGAGAUAUGUGCGGAGAUCUACAACAUGCUGGAAAUACUCAUGGCAAGCGAUCUUCUCUAUGCAGCCGCAGCUAGCAUAGUUGCACCCGUGCUGUCCGUGCUCUCAAUCUAUAUUGUCAACAUUCACAGAGGGGAUACUGGUGUCCGAUGGAUUUCACACCAUCGCGCCCAGUUAUGCAUGCUGAUACUUGACAAGUUGCAAGAUCGGUUCCCGGUACUUGCAGCCUUCUAUCCAAUUUACGAAUCCCUGCUUAGGCGACACUCUGCAGGUGGGCAGACACAAGAUGGCGCAAGGGUAGCAGAGCAUUCAGCAACAGGAUCCUCGAUGGGAAAUGGUGCGAGUCAACUUGAUAACGAAAGCAACCCUGGUAGUAUCAACCCCACUGCAGGCUUAUUUGAUCAAGUUGCGCAAGACGGCAUGGGCAUGGCGUUUCCUUUCUCGUUUCCAUUCGGGAACCUGUUCGAAGAUGCCUUUCUGAACUCACCUUCUCAGCCUACAGCUUAUUGUGAAGAUGAUAUAUCUUACCCUUAG